AUGGAGCAGCAGGCGCGGCAACCCAAAAGGGCAAGGAGAGAGGCUGCAGAGGAAGCUGUAGCAGAGGCUGUCGAGCCGAGUGCGCAGGUCGUCCAGGCGGAAGAAGACAAUGAUGAGCCUGGCAUCACGCGGUUGGAGCGCUUGUGCGCCACCGUGGAUCAGAAAGGAGCAGGCAUCUCCAAGGCCGACUUGAAUGCUCUACUCGACCACGGCAUCCACUGCGUUGAAACCAUUGCGUUCAUGCCCCUGCGGAAGCUGCAUGAGGUCAAAGGAAUCGGCGAAACGAAAGCGGCUCGAAUCCAUGCAGCUGCCAAGCAGCUAGUUCCAAUGCGUAUGGUGAGUGCUGCAGAAAUGCUCCAGCUGCGGAAAAACAUGGUUCAAAUAACUACCGGCUCUGCCAAGCUGGACAGUUUGUUGAAAGGAGGGGUAGAGACCGGCCAGAUCACAGAGAUUUUUGGUGAAUUCCGCUGCGGCAAAACACAGCUCUGCCACACACUCUGUGUGGCCUGCCAGCUUCCCAUCAGUCGGGGAGGCGGCGAGAGCAAGGCCUUGUACAUCGACACCGAGGGCACUUUCCGACCCGAGAGAUUGGCGGACAUUGCCAAACGAUACGGACUAAACGAAGAGGACGUUCUUGAGAAUGUCACCUAUGCACGGGCCUACAAUGCUGAACAUCAGGACAAGCUUCUGGCAGAAGCUGCGAGCGUGUUUUGUGAGUCGAGAUAUGCAGUCCUCAUCGUCGACAGCGCGACUGGCCUCUUCCGGACGGACUACAGUGGCAGGGGAGAGCUGGCAGAUCGCCAACAGGCACUGAAUCGCUUUCUUCGCAAGCUGCAGCGCAUAGCUGAUGAGCACGGCGUGGCCGUGGUCAUCACCAACCAGGUAAUGGCAUCUCCAGAGAGUGGACCGGCUGCCUACAUGGGACCACAGGUUAAGCCCAUCGGCGGGCACAUCAUUGGCCAUGCAAGCCAGACACGGCUUUUCUUCCGAAAGGGCAAGGGAGAGACUCGGAUCUGCAAGAUCUACGAUUCGCCCUCGUUGCCAGAAGGCGAGGCCAUGUUCGCGAUCGAUGCAGGUGGAAUUGUGGAUGCCCCUGAGGGCAAGUGA